UUCCGCCGCCGUCGUCCUGCUAGCUGGUUCUAACAACAUCCCUCCAGCCCAGCUCAGCGCCACUACACCCCACCAGUUGUGGCCAGAACGCCGCCACGCUGAGGGUAAGAAAAAAAAGUAUCACAAGCCGCUUUGCAGAGUUUACAGCCGUGUUGCACAUGUAUAUAUAAAAUACCCCUUUCUCGCGGCCGACUGGUCACUGUGAGCAAGUCAUCAGGCUUUCUGAAGAUAUGGAAUACACGCAGGCAGCAGUCAUGAAGUAUGUAGGAUACGUGUAGACAAGGAAAUGAUGCGAAAAUCGUAUAAUGUAUGGGUAUAGAUCUAGACCGUCAGCCACUUCCCUCAUCGCAUUCCCAUCAACUUUGUCUUCCCAUCUCAAUCCAUCUGUGGGUUGCCUGCCGAGUCCAAACACGGGGUUUUGCUUCUCCAUUUCACCAACAAGUACCCCACAAGCAAACAACCAAUCAAUCAAUCGAACAGCCCAAACUCCAACGCUUGAAAGAAAAGGGGAACGUAGAACCCCGAAAAGAAAUGCUCCUCGCAUCCUGCUCCGCCAGCCGUCUGCCGAAAUUUCGUGCUCCGUUUUUGUGUCGCGCACCUUGCCCGUGUCCCUUCUAUCAUUGUACAAAGUGUUUAUGUCGUUGUGCACAGAGUGAUUCGCCCAAUACGCUCUCCAGCAGAGGCUCCGCGAAAAAAUGCCUCCACAGGGAGUAUAUGUGUGGUGAGGUGUCAGCUGCCAUCAAACUUCAGCGCUUGAAGUUUUGCUGCUGA